UUUAAUUUUGUGUUAGUUAUUAAGAUAUGUAAUACGAGCGUUUGCGCGCGUGCGUUUUAUGAAAUUACCUUUUAUUUUCUAGCUGUAGAAAAAAAAAAUACAAAUUGUUUAUGUUGUAGAUAUUAUAAGCCCUCCUUAAAAAUGGGAGGAGGUGAUCUGAACUCGAAGAAAUCAUGGCAUCCCAACACUAUGAAAAACCAGGAGCGUGUUUGGAAGGCGGAGCAAGCCAGUGCAGAAGAGAAAAAGCGCAUUCUGGAGCUACAGAGAGAGCGUGCCGAGGAGCGCGACCGUGCGGAGCUCAACGAUCUCGCCAAACGUACAGCUGGAGCCUCGGGGGCCAAUGACAAUCGCUUGCAUUGGAUGUAUGAUAAACCUGAUAAAAAGGUCCAGCAAGAAGAUUUUCUCCUUGGCAAAGCCAUUGACAGUAAUUAUGAGGCAGAUAAAGUUGAACCGGAUUACAUCCCUGCUGUAGCUCGGAGGGUGGUAGGUUCCAGCAUGCUGGCCAGCGUGGGCGACGCGCAGGUUGACCUGGCGAGGAAGAUGCGAGAGGAUCCACUGAUGCUAGUGAAGGAGAGGGAGAGAGCUGCUCGGGCGGCCCUGUUGAAUAACCCAUUGCAAAGGCGUCGCUUAGCAGAGUUGCUCAGGAAAGAUCAGGAACAAAGAAAUCAAAAAAAGGGAAAGAAAAAGUCAAAGAAAGACAAAGAUUUAGAUAACAUGCUAGCUGCUAAACUCACCGCAAUGAAUGAGAAGCAAAUUGACUUGGCGGCUCUACUGGCUUCUAACGAUUCCAGUUCCGAUUCUUCUGAGGAGGAGGAGCAUAAAAAAUCCAAAAAGAAACACAAAAAGUCAAAGAAACUUAAAAAGGAAAAAAAGAAAUCAAAACGUGAAGAUUCCAGUGAAGUUUCCUCAGACGUAGACAAUACAAAGAAGUCUAAACAUAAGCCUCGCGUCGAAAGGAGCAAGUCUCCUAAAAUUGAUAACAGAAACCAGAAGUCACACCAUCGGGGCGGCAGCCCUUACGACUCAGAUUACGAACAUAGUAACAAGAAAUACAGAAGAGCCGAGCAAACCGAAACGAGAUCAGACAAAUCCGGCCACGGGCGGAUGCGGCGAGACAGCGCCGAGCGCGGGAGGUCGCCCGACCUGCGGAGGAGACGGCCGUCGGAGGAGCGGAGACACGGACAAGACCGAAGGCAACAGUCGCCCGGCCGCCGGAGACGGCCGAGACCGGAGGAAAGGCCGCACAGACCGGAGGAGAGGGCCCACAGACCGCAGGAGCGCGGGCCGAACAAAGCGGACGCCCGGGGAGGGUACAAAAAGAAUGUCGGGAUGAGCGCGGAGGAGCGCUCGGCGGCGCUAGCGGCGAUGACGGCGGCGGGCGCGGAGCGCGAGCGCGAGCGGGAGCGGCGCGUGGCCUCGCAGCGCGCCGCCGCCGCCGCCGCCGCCGCCGAGCGCGCACAGCCGCAGCCGCGCGCGCUGCGCACCGAGGCGCACUCGCUGCCCGACUCGCUCGAGAGCCGCAUACACUCCAACCGGCACUACAUCCAGCGGGAUCGCACGCACAUGGACAAGCCUUUUGCGCGCAGGUGACCUUGACUCUAAUGCGACGACUGUUGUUGGCGCAUAAAAUUUACGACUGGCCCGUCGAGAGGAGGACUGCUUUCGAUUGAAAUUUAGAUAAGUCUCGACACGAUGUGUAUUAGUUACGAUUAAAAUUGUGUCAGAAAAAGGAGUAUUUUUUUAAU